UUUCUUAUACAUAUAUACGCAUACUCUAUAUACACAUAUAUAUAUACAUACAAUACAAUAUAUAUAAUCCCACAAUGUUCAUCUUCUUCAAUGGCGAUAUAAACCCAGGAUGCCCACACACAAUUUGAUUUUGUUUCUUCAUUCAUUAGCCAUUUCCUUCAUGUUUUUAUACCUAUACAUUCAAGGAAUCAUGGGAAGGAAGAACAGAGGAUUGCCCAAAAGAAGAAGCCCAUCAUCAGGAAUCAAUAAUAAUUUUGAUGACCCAUCUUGCUUUUCAUGCACAACUUUCAAUAUUCUUGCUCCUAUUUACAAGCGAUUGGUUUAUGAGGGUAAGGCUUGCAGAGAAAGUGAAAUCAGGGCUUAUUGGUUGAAUAGGAAUGAAAAGAUUUUGGAUUUGUUGUUGUGUGCAAGAUCAUCCAUUGUUUGCCUUCAGGAAUUUUGGGUUAAAAAUGAAGAACUUGUUGAUAUGUAUGACAAAAAGCUUGGGGAUGCAGGUUAUAUUAAUUUCAAGCUUCCACGAACCAAUAACCGUGGUGAUGGCUUGUUAACGGCUGUGCAUAAAGAUUACUUUCGAGUAAUUGACCAUAAAGAGUUUCUUUUCAAUGAUUUUGGAGAUCGUGUUGCUCAGCUUUUGCAUGUUGAAGUAAUUGCGCCCAUUGCACAAUGUCGAUCCAAGAAUGUAUGUCGGGAACUUCUUAUAGUUAAUACUCACUUGUUGUUUCCACAUGAUUCAAGCUUGUCUUUGGAAAGAUUGAGACAGGUGUACAAAAUCUUGCAAUCGGUUGAUACUUAUCAGAAAGAGAACAAUCUUGAUCCUUUGCCAAUCAUUCUCUGCGGUGACUGGAAUGGGAGCAAAAGAGGUCAUGUGUACAAGUUUCUAAGGUCUCAGGGAUUCGUCUCAUCUUACGAUACUGCUCAUCAAUAUACUGAUGCUGACGCACAUAAGUGGGUUAGCCAUAGAAAUCAUCGUGGAAACAUAUGUGGUGUGGAUUUCAUAUGGCUUCUUAAUCCAAAUAAAUAUCGAAAAUUACUGAUAACCAGUUGGAGUGAUGCAGUCUUCGGUCUGUUCAAGUAUCAUGUGAGUCGCGCCUCACUGACUGAUGAAAAUGCUUUUGCAUUUUUGAAGGCCGUGAGUGAUGGUGAUCAUAUCACCUACUCGGGAUUUUGUGAAGCAUUGCGGCAGCUUAAUCUUAUUGGUCAGAAGUAUGGCCUAAACGAAGAGGAAACAAAAGACUUAUGGUCCCAAGCAGACCUUGAUGGAAAUGGCGUUCUAGACUAUAAAGAAUUUCAACAACGAAUAUGGAAUUACCAGAUUGAAGACAUGACUCGGGAUCAAGAAGACAAUGCAAAUGAAACACAUCUCACAUUAGGAUUGGGCGUGAAAAAUGCAGAGUUAUUCCCAACAGAAACUGAAAAUGGAUCAUGGCCAGAAGACUAUUCUUUAUCAGAUCAUGCAAGUCUCACGGUUGUGUUUUCACCUGUUAGAAUGACAUGUUCUCGAUGUUGAUUUCUUGAUGGUUUUUACAUAUUUUUGAAGAAACAAGUCAGAUUGACUAUAUUGAUCACUUUCGACAGGAGAAAAUGUUGAAAUGUUGACAAUUUUGAAGGUGCAGGUAACUUGAUGGAAAAUAGAAAAUGACGGGAAUAUAACAUGCAUAUUCCUAUUCCUGUUAUCCACGGCCUUGAAGUGUUAAGUGUAUAUCAGUUAUUUCUGUAUUUUUCUACUGUACAGAAACAUAUAAUCAACACUUAAAAGAUGAAUCAUUUUGGGAUACAAAAUAUGAAAUGCAUGUGUUUGUAUUCA